GCGAAACUGUUUUCCGUUACUCGUCCCACCAGUAGCGAAACUGCCAUGUCACCCCCAAGAUAUUCGGGAUUGUCGGAAAUGCACGAAAUAUCUAUAUCUCGUCAAAAUAGUCGUUCAACAGUCAUGGCCAUUUCGUUCCAAAACGAUGGCGAUGACCCGCGCGCAGACUCUGGGCCGAGUCUUGGAACCACUUCUGAUGGCUGCAUCCAUGCAAGUGCCGUCGAAGUUCCCGUCCAAGGCUGAAUACGUCCACCAACUCAUCCACACGUACUACCUCCCAGUGUUCUUCUGGGCGGAAAUGCAGCUCAAGGCUCCUUGCUCCGUGCUUGGUUUGAGUUGUGUCCAGGGCGGUGGUAAAACCACCAUGUCAUCGUACCUCGAGACUCUCUUCCGCGCCACGGGUAAAACGUGCGCGACGCUGUCGUUGGACGACGUGUAUCUUUCGCGUGCCGAUCAAUUGAAGGUGGCCGCGUCGUUCCCUCACAAUCCCCUCCUUGAACACCGUGGCAAUCCUGGCACUCACGACCUGAAUCUUCUCCUGUCGUUAAUCGACGAUGCUCAAGCCGGCUGCGACGUUGUUGUGCCACGAUACGACAAGUCGGCUCACAACGGGCGAGGCGAUCGGUUCUCCCGGGACCAAUGGAUCACGUAUCCAGGCCCUGUGGACGUGCUGUUGGUUGAGGGGUGGUGCCUCGGAUUUGAAGCAAACGCCGUCGACCCUCCUGGACAUUUGGGGGCUGUGAACAAGGCACUCCGCGACUUUGACCGGUUGUACGAGGCCCUGUCCGCGCUGAUUGUCAUCCAUGUCGACGACAUCCAGUGGGUGUACACGUACGUGUGCACUAUACGCUCCUGGACACUUCCCGUCUUUGCGCAUGGUCCUUUCUGUCGUUGCCAUGGUUGGUCGCUGACAACUGUAGUGAAAACGCAGGUGGCGCGAGGAGGCUGAGGCCCAGAUGCGGGCGGUUGGAAAGUCUGCUAUGACUCCUGCGCAAGUGCGAGACUUUGUCGAUCGGUUCAUGCCAGCCUACGAGCACUACCUCCCUCAUUUGUAUGACCCCAUGGCAACGCACAGUACGAUUGGAACGUUGCCGCGGCUCACCAUCGACAUUGACGCGCAUCGGACGUGUCUGCGCGUCGUCUCGCGCGAUGCCUCGAGUGGAUGAGGGAGCGAGUAGUACACGCAUUGUCUUCACGGUGGAAUGGCACUCGUGUUGCUAGACUACCAUCCUAAUCACUUGAAGCGCAGGUUCCACACCCUAUUGCUGGUCCUACGCAUGCAUUUGACGAAUCCCGCCACCUUGC